AUGAACGACGACAAUUCGAAUAGCCAAUUCAGCGUGACGUCUCCACCAAUGCUUCCGAACGGAGCCCCUCACCCGCACACAAUGGAUGAUAUUUUCUCCCGCCCGUUGACCAAUGAAGGUCUCCAGAUGAUACUCGGAUAUCUCAAACGGAAUGGACUGUCAGAGACCGAGGAACAGUUGUCCAGAGAGGCAUCUGCAAUUUUGAAAAGUGAAAAUUCCAGUGGUCUACCCCCUGAGUAAGUUUCAGCCAUGUUAAUCUUCUUCAAAAAUGAUAGUUCCAGAGAAGCGAUAUCAGUUGAAUUCGAAACUUUUGUGCAGCAUGCCAACGCUUGCACUGACGUCGUACAAGCAGAAUUCAGUCAGUUGCUUUUCCCGAUCUUCGCCCACUGCUACAUAUCGCUCGUCGAAAAGCACGUCGCCACUGCUCGCAUCUUCUUCAAUCGAUUCAAAAUCUUCAUCCCGGAAUGCUUCUCCGAGUUCGUUUACCAAUUAUCUCUCAUCGAAGACGCAAUGACGUUGCGAGCCAGUGAGCACGUGCACAUUCUCCGCGAGAACAAAUUUCUCGUUCGGAUGUCGAAGCCAGCGUUGAAACAUUUGGAAGUGAUUCAGAUGCGGGUGAUAGGAGUGAAGAAUAUUAUUGCAAAGCAUGUCACAAUUGAGAGUAAGUUUAGAUUUAAAAAAAGCUUUGCACCAUAGAAAACUUUCCAGAUUCCGAUGAAGUUUCGAAAAAUCGAACCACAAUUGAGACACAAAUGGGCGGUAUUCUGGGAAUGACGUCGAAGAACGAAAAGAGGCACAAAAUGAUGUUUUCUGUUGUCAAAGACGAUUUGAUGUUGAGUAUUGAACGGAAGAAAGUGAAAACGAAGGACUUGAAGGAUAUGGGAAAGAAGAUGCAGAACGUAGGUGCUUAAACUUAGAUUCCAUUCACGAGAUAUCCAUAGUUUCAGUACUGCCCACAAGCUGAUCGCAUUCCCCUUCCUCCAAUCAGUGAGCACCUCCGAGAAGAGCGGAAAAACUGGCAGAGAGACGUCAACAAAAUGGCCAUAAUCUCUCCAGAAACACCAGUUUCCAUCUGCAUGUACACCACGUGUAACGCCCCGAUCGGUGUCGCCUCUUGUGAUUUUUCCGACGACUCCAGCUUCAUCGCAAUGGGGCUCUCCGACUCGUCAAUUGUCAUAAAUGCUCUGGACCCGAUGAACAAAAUGAAGAAGCUGCAUGGGAUGGAUGUGCUCGACAAGAUCGACAUCGAGACGGCCGACAACGUUCAAUCGCAAAUGUUCGACCUUCAAGCUUCGGCGGGUACUUCACGGUUAACGGGACACGGAGGCCCUGUCUUCUCAGUUAACUUCUCUCCCGAUCGGCGACUUCUUCUGUCCUCUGGAGGCGAUCGGACCGUUCGUUUGUGGAGUUUAGAUACUCAAAGAAAUGUUGUCAUCUUCAGAACGCCGAGUAUUAUUUGGGAUGUGAGUUGCUUAUUAAUAACAUCCCAAAUACUUGUUCAUCUCACACUCGUUUCAGGCUCAAUUCUGCAACCGUGGCUACUAUUUCGCGACGGCUAGUGUCGACAAGACGGCCGCAGUCUGGUCGACAGAUCGGAUGCAUCCAGUGCGGAUAUUCGCGGAUGCUUACGGAGACGUCGGCUGCGUUGACUUCCAUCCGAAUUGCAAUUACGUUGCCGGAGGCUCAGACGAUCGAUACGUCCGGGUGUGGGAUGUUCUGACGGGCACUCGCAUCCGAAUCUUCGGUGGUCACAAGGCAUCCAUCAUCGCCGUAAAGUUCUCGCCAUGCGGUCGAUACAUCGUCUCUCUGGAUGCCAUCGGAAACCUCAUGGUUUGGGAUCUUGCCUACCAGCGCCUAGUGGCUGCUGAGAUUACCGAACAGGCAGGCACGAAAGGAUCGAUUUCGUUUUCUCGUGACGGCGGUGUGUUCGCAGUUUCGCACGGAAGCUCGAACAUCCAUGUGUACUCCCUGGACACUCUCAUCACGACCGUUCUCGCGUCCGGACCGGCAGACGCUCACAUCGAGCCAAGGUGAGUUUUCCGCCCAUUCUCCUAACUUGCAUAAAAAUGCGAACUUCAGAGUCAACAUGGAUGGCUUCAACAUCGGAUCGUACCCGACGAAACAGACUGCAGUCGUCGGACUGCACUUCACGCGACGCAACCUUCUGCUCGGAUUCGGUUGCUUCGGACAAUAG